CCACAAACCGUCUCCCAGAAUUAGUAUUGUUUAUCCCCCACACAUUUGAGCCAUUGGGCGCCUGGAACCAUCCCGUUUCUUAAUGGCAGACCCAUCUGCCCCGGACAGCCACGUGCCGUCAACCAUAGACGAGCCAGAGCCAGACCGUAGUCGGCCGGAACAGUCCACGUCUAAGACCAACACCCGGCCUGCAGCCCGCGGAACCGCAUUCUACCAGCGUAAGAGAGCCGUCAGGGCAUGCCAAGUAUGUCGGGCUCGGAGGACGAAAUGCGAUAAUCUUAAGCCGGCAUGCUCUUUUUGCCUCAAGGUUGGAGCUACUUGCAUCCAGUCGCCCGUCGACUUGUCUAGUUUCGACCCAGCGAGUCUCAAGAUUUUGGAACGUCUCGAUGAUCUAGAGGAGAUGAUGAGAUCGGUCACAGUCGAUGGACUGCCGAGCAACAAGACACGAGUGGUCGAGGCCUUGGUCGAGCAUCGGGUAGAAGCACCUCCUGUGGGGCCUCUUAUCCUGAUGGGUAUGAUUCUGCCUCCGAGGCCAGAACAUGUCAUGUCAUGGGCCAUCUUUGAGGAGCUCGCCAACGGAAUUGAGGCCGGAGACACGGCUUUGCAUGUUGAUCAUGUCUCAGUAGCUGCAAAUUCUCCAAUGUCUCUAAUUGGCGCUCUCGACCUGGAACCACGGCGCAUCAACGACCUGCUCGACAAUUUCUUCAGUUACGUCCACGUCAAAAACCCGAUCCUUGACGAGACAGCAACUCGAAAAAUGGUUUCACAUACGGUACUUGAAGGAAUCAACUGGUCAGCCGAGUCCUGUCUGUCUCUCCUGAUCUGCGCACUGGGGUCUUUAGCCACAGCUUUUGGCCCUAGUCAAGAGACAAUGCUGGGCUCCGCAGCCCACAGCGAUGCUCAAGCUUUCUUCCAGGCUGCGCAGAAGCGACUAGGUAUCUUGCUAUCGUCAGAUGACAUUAUUGCGGCUCAAUGUCUGUUUCUUUCAGGGGUCUACAUGAUGUGCGUAUUCCAGCCUGUUAAGGCGUGGAGGUACUUCGUGCAGGCACUGGCUAGCUGCCAACAAUUUUCUUUUCUUACCCCUGAAGCCCAACAACGCUACCACAUCAGCGUCGAGUCGGGCCAUGAGUCUCAGAAUUAUUCCAUCGACACUCUGCAGCAGGCUGUUUACUGGUCCUCAUGGAAAUCAGAGCGAGAGAUGCGAGGGGAUCUUUACCUCCCGGACUUUUCCCUAAGCGACCAGGAGUUGGCAUUUUACCCGCCCUUCUUCCCGACGCCGCCAGCUCCUAGGGCAGAAGUUGAGACUGCAACGGAUCCGCGUCUGGCUCGCGAGAGAACGUCCUGGUACUUCUACCUGGCCGAGAUCUCUCUCAGAAGGCUUGCCUCUCGGAUUAGUGCCGAGAUGGUGGGCCUUCAGAAACAACAUCCCACGCGCCAGGCAUACCUCGCGGCAAUGGCCGCGGCAGUCCCGCAGUACGAGGAACAGGCACAGGAGUGGAUAAGCUCGCUUCCUCCGAGUCUUUUAUUCGCCGAGCCUCCGGAAGAGGACGAUGUCUGCAGAUUCGUGCUUCGAGGUCACGCGGUGAAUCUUUAUGAGGUGAUUUACUGGCCGUUUACCACCGCUUUCCUCGAUGCCUUUGGGGCGAAUCCCGAUUUUUCCGGCGAAGCUCUUACUCCCAAUCUGGAGGGAUUAGCGAAAAAGGGUCUCGAAAACCACCUUUAUCGACUCGCCAUCAAUCGCCUAGGGUACAGGCAUCGCCACCAUGGAACGUUGCCCAUGAUGCGUUCCUGCUCGCGUAGCGCACUUGCGUUGGUAGCGGCAGCAUUACUCACCCAGUCUAGCGGUUCUGAUGGCGGAACCUUCUUACCAACUGGCUGGUAUGGCGCCGUGGGAGAGGUGAUUGACCUACUCGCAUUUUGGGAGUGCGAGACUCGCGAGAUGGAGCUUGUGCGUCGCGUUUUGGAGAAGGCAUAUAGGAUUUUUUCGGUACCAUCUCCGCCGGCUUAUCGUUUACGGGUCUAGUCGAAGCUAGUUGCCGGACAUGAUGGCUGCAUUCUUCGUCUAUCAAGGGCCUGAAAGCUGACUACCGGUAAUACUACACCGAUUCAUUCAGGCUGAAUACAACUCGAUCGAUACUCCGCUUAACACGACAUGAAACCGGAAGCAAUGAAUAUUGUUAUGGAGAUGCCAU